AUGUACUCUUCUGUAAUUCUCCUCAUUCUGCUAUUAGCUGGUUUUCUUCAGUUGGUGUCCACCUCAGGCUCUCUGGAAGUAAGGCUCAUCUCAUCACGUUCAUGUUUUGUGAAGCUUUGCGUGAAGAAGCCUCACGCUAAACCUCUCGACAGCUGUCUCCUAGAAUCGCAACUCAUCCAACUUCAGUCACAACAGCAACGAGUGGUCAGCACACCAUUCUACUUCCCAUUCCCGGAGACGUUCAUUCUCGCCACAGAGAUCCUCGACCCGGAGCGAGUGUCGCUCUAUAACAACACGUCCAAAGAGCGUUUUGUCGUGGGCACAGAGUUCAUUCCAGCUGAGGGCUCAUCUGAUUACUUAGACCUUGCCUUUGCGGUCACUGUCUAUCCGUUCUAUUACGGUAGCGGCUGCCAACGCUACUGUAAAGGGUCGGUUGGUUACACAUGCGACGCUGAAGGAAAGCGAAUCUGUCAAGAAGGAUGGUCUGGCGAGCAGUGUGAUAAACGUAGGUGA